UGUUAAACCUUUCACAGAUAUUGUGUUACUAAUGGAAAUUGCACAACAUUUAAAGAUACCACUCGAGGAGAUAAUACUAGCCACAAAAAACUUUGACAAACAAAAUUUCAUUGCCAAGGGUGGAUUUGGGAGUGUCUAUAAGGGCGAACUCUCAUUGUUUGGUAGGCUCAUUGAGGUCGCCGUUAAGCGAUUAGAACCUCAAUCGGAUCAAGGGAAACAUGAAUUCAUGAUGGAAAUUUCAAUUCUUUCAAGUUAUAGUCAUGAAAACCUUGUCUCUCUACUUGGCUUCUGUGAAGAGGGUAACGAAAAAUUACUUGUUUAUAAACAUGAGAGUAGAGGGAGCCUUGACAAUUAUAUACAAAACCCAGACCUCACAUGGAUGCAACGUCUUAAAAUAAGCAUUGGCGCUGCUCGUGGCAUAAAUUAUCUUCAUGACGAAGUAGGACAACAACAUAGAGUCCUACACCGAGACAUAAAGAGUGGAAACAUUCUGUUGAACAACGAAUGGGAAGCAAAAGUGUCAGAUUUUGGGUUAUCUAAAAUAGGACCCGCACACAUACAACACACUUUCGUUGUUACCCGUGUUGCUGGUACAUUAGGCUAUGUAGAUCCUUCAUAUUAUAAUACUGAAGUUCUAACAAAAGAAGCAGACGUAUACUCGUUUGGUGUGGUGCUAUUUGAAAUCUUGUGUGGAAGACUAGCAUAUGUAAAAGGAUCCGAGUCUCUAGAUGUCUUGGCUAAAAGCAAGUAUAUAGAUAACAAAUUGGAUGAGAUCAUUAUUCCUGAAUUGAGGAAGCAAAUGAAGUUGAGUUCCCUUAACACCUUCUCAGCAAUUGCAUAUCAAUGUUUGAAACCCGAUCGAAGUGAACGUCCAACAAUGGCUCACAUUGUUGAAGAACUUGAAAAAGCAUAUAGAAUUCAAGCUUCUCUCAAAACUGCAGAAGUAAUUCGGGUUGGAUCAUGGGGAAAUACAUCUACUGGAGGUCCCCAUAAUUGUUGGCAUUUCAUACUUGAAAAAGAUCAUAAACUGAAGAAGAUAACUAUCGAUCAUGGUGAUGAGAAUAUAUACUCUCUGACGUUCACUACCGAAUCCAAUGGUAUUUUUUACACAUCCGAAAGGGUUGGUGAUAAGAAUGGUGGAGGCACAGUGACUGAGAAGAAGUUUGAAGAGAACGAGGAACUAACUGGCAUUAAAGGAACAAUUAGAGUAUUAACAUCAGGCCAUACAACUAUUUCGUCACUAACGUUUAUUACAAACGAUACGACACGUGGGCCUUUUGGUCGAAAAACAGAUACCCCUUUCUAUAUACUAUGGGAAAAAGGAAAUUUUGGUGGAUUUUAUGGUCUUGCACACAACAUUAUUGAUGGCAUCGGUGUCUACAUGAAGUCUUCAUCUGACGGAUUCACACGGGUUGGAAAAUGGGGAAUGAAAUCUCAAGGACGUCCCGAUAACCAAUGGUCUUUCCGACUCCAGAAAAUCAUUGUCUGAAGAAGAUAACAAUCGAUCAUGGUUAUCUUAUAUACUCUCUCAUGUUCACAACCGAAUUUAGAGGAGAAGAGAAAACUUCAGAAAAGGCUGGUGGUAGGGCCGGUGGAGAGGUAGUCUCUAAGGUUAAAUUUGCUUGGGAUGAGGAAAUUAUUGCUAUCAGUGGAACUGUCGGUAUCUCAAGGGGAUUUUAUGGUGGUUAUACGAUCAUAUCGUCUCUCACAUUCAUCACAAACAAAAGAACUCGUGGACCUUAUGGUAAUGUAACAAAAAAGCCUUUUAAUGUACCAUGGGACAAAGGAUCAUUUGCUGGAUUUUAUGGUCGUGCUGGCGCAUUUAUUGAUGCUAUCGGUGUAUAUUUGAAGACUACUGUAUAACUAACCAUCUUAUACAGAGCGAAAGAAUAAGGG